AUGAGCACGGUAUUCGCAAAAUUCCGGGGCUAUACGCCCUACUGGAAUCAGUGCCGGCUCAGGAUCCUGAAUUACCUGGCAUUCUUCGGGCCGCCAACAUGUUGCGUCACCUUGAACCCAAACGAGAAGAAUUGGCCGGAUCUUCAUGCGCUGUAUUCAAAGAUCACAGGAAAGGUGAUAGGAAGAUCCUCUAAUCUUCUCGAGUUACUGGAGAAGGUGGAGAUGUUCAUUACCCAUGCGCUCCUUCACGAGAACGGACCUCUCGGUAAAAUUGAGCGAAUCGAGGACUUUACCGGAUAA